UUUGUUCGGCCGAUCACUUUGUCCGCUCUAUCGUCCUUUGUUUGUUCAUCCCCUUCGCACUUUAGCCUUUUGUCCUCUCUCCUCUGCUUACCGUACGCUCUCUUCUCUUAUCAUUCACUCUCUCUCUCUCUCUCUUACACACACGCACCUUCUUCUUCUCUCUUCUCUUCUACUCUAUUCUUUUCUCUCAUAGCUUCCUCUCUCUCUGCUUUAUUUACUGGGAUUUUUCUUUGCCCUUCUAUUGCAUACAUAUAUUUCAGGGGCUCAGCUAAAAGCUACGUGAAAGGGAUCAGACCUGUUUUCAUGCUUUUGGGAUGAUGGGUUUUCCCCCAUUGAUCUUCGGUUGAAACUUGAGCUGCUUCCUUGUUUUAUACAUGGAGAGUUUUUCGGAACUGGGUUUUCUUUAAAAGAGGGAUCUUUAGAGUUGGGGUUGAGUUGAUUUUAUAAGGGUUUGUUUCGUUUUGUUUCGGCUUUUGAUUUUCGAGGUCCAGUUCUAAUGGCUGGGAGUAAUGAAGUCAACCUCAAUGAGUCCAAGAUGGUGGUUCCGCUGAAUACAUGGGUCUUGAUCUCCAACUUCAAGUUGGCUUACAAUCUUCUUCGUCGCCCUGAUGGAACUUUCAACCGGCACUUGGCAGAAUAUCUUGAUCGUAAAGUGAUUGCCAAUGCUCACUCAGUUGAUGGAGUUUACUCUUUUGACACCAUCAUUGACCGUGAAACUAGUCUCCUUUGCAGAGUAUAUCGUCCAACUAAUAAUCCCGAGGAGCCUCGUCUGAACUUCCUUGAUCUUGAGAAGCCUGUGGCUUCAGCUGAUGGUCAGGUUGUACCUGUAAUAAUUUUCUUUCAUGGUGGAAGUUUCGCUCAUUCCUCUGCAAAUAGUGCCAUUUAUGAUUCUCUAUGCCGUCGAUUAGUGGGAAUCUGUAAGGCUGUUGUUGUCUCAGUAGAUUAUCGUCGUGCACCAGAGAAUCGUUUUCCUUGUGCAUAUGAUGAUGGAUGGACUACUCUUAAUUGGGUAAACUCGAGAACAUGGCUUCGAAGCAAGGACUCGAAGGUGCAUAUAUACAUGGCCGGUGAUAGUUCAGGCGGAAACAUUGCACACAAUGUUGCUUUGAAAGCAGUGGAAUCUGGAAUUGAAGUAAUAGGUAACAUUCUGCUCAAUCCAAUGUUUGGUGGGCAGGACAGAACUGAGUCUGAGACACGCUUAGAUGGGAAAUAUUUUGUUACCCUAAAAGAUCGAGACUGGUACUGGAGAGCAUUUCUGCCUGAAGGGGAAGAUAGGGACCAUCCGGCAUGCAACCCAUUUGGUCCAAGGGGUAAGAGCCUGGAAGGACUAACGUUUCCCAAAAGCUUAGUUGUGGUGGCUGGUUUAGAUCUUAUUCAGGACUGGCAAUUGGCUUACGCUAAGGGGCUUGAGAAGGCUAACCAAGUGGUGAAACUUUUAUAUUUGGAGAAGGCAACAAUCGGGUUUUACUUGUUACCGAACAACGACCACUUCUAUACGGUUAUGGAUGAGAUAAGUAACUUUGUGAGUUCUGACUGUGAAUAAAUUGACAUACCAACAGGCAGCCAUAUAUAAUAGAAGCUUGACAUUUUCUCCCGCGUUAUUAAGGGAUUGUUUUUUACAGUUUGUAAGGUUGUGUAGUAAUACUGCUUACUGUUGUAUUGAUUGCUGUGGUAUUAAAGAUCAUUAACUGCCGGAAUCCGGUCCUUGGUUUACUACUAAAACAAGGCAUGUGCUUGAAUGAUAGGAUUCAGAAGGUAUUGGUCUGCAUGUAGCUGGAUUUGUACUUUGUAUUACGGAAAUCAAAUGUUUCUGGUUUGUUUAUCCUUGAGGAGGCAAGCAUCAGCUGUGACCAAGGUUAGCAGUCCUACGAAACUUCAAAGAUUCACCCACAAAGAUAGAGGAUCAUUGUUUUUGGGGGUGCCUGGCUAAUGAUGUUAUAUAAUAUUAAUAUAUAGCUAAUUUUCGAUACAUGGAUAGAAAAACAUCCAUGGUAUUGUAAUCUUGUAAUGUUUAUAAGAUAUAAGCCGUAGAGACUAUUAAAAACGUUUGCUUGUUAUUGAGUUUUAUUUUGUGCUCUUUAUAUUUUUCAAGUUUUCACAACUCUUCUCAACAACUGUAAAUUAAGAUAUUUUAUUUACUCCCACUAAAUAUGGAAUCGUAGUUGCUUUUCCUCUUUGCUA